AUGUUAUCGAUAAUAUACGAAAUUGUUUGUUUCGUCAUGCUCAUCAACAUGGUUUACUGUAUAAUUCCUGAAGAAGAAAUAAAAUAUGAACCACGACCAAGACCUGAAUUUAACCUAAAUUUAUGGGAACCAUGUGUCGAACCAAUCGAAAAACACAAACUUAGUGAACGGUGAGAAAAUAAAAACCAUUUCUACAGUAACCCAAGACUGAACAUUUUCAGAUGGACGAAAGCAAAAAGUGAAAAGAAGAGCAAAUAA